CACCAAAAAAGGUCACAAUAACAACUCUUCAAAAUCUUUAUAAAAAUAAUGAACCCAUAACAGUAUUAACGGCUUAUGACUAUCCAAGCGGAUUAUUUAUUGAAAAAACGGGAAUUGAAAUUUGUUUGGUUGGUGAUUCUUUAGGAAUGGUCGCCCUGGGACGUCAAAACACCAAUCAAACAACCAUAGAGGAAAUGCUUCAUCAUUGUAGGGCAGUAUCAAGAGGUGCAAAAACCCCAUUUCUAGUCGGUGAUAUGCCAUUUGGAAGUUAUGAAACUA